UUGGAGGGAGGACCCUUCAACAGAAAGAGCAUCUAAUAAGAGAAAACAGUAACGGAUCCUUUACCAAGCGGGAAUCCCGUCCUUACAGAGGGGUUUUAUUUCUGUUUAAAUAAUGCAGGGCUUUAGGCUGUUGGAAGGAAAGAAGUGUAAUAAUCUAAUUAUCCAAUUAUCUAAUAAUAAUAUUAUUAUACAUUAAUGCCAAUGAAUGAAUAGGUUGCACGCACUCAUUCGAAGCCCAGUUAUUAGUUUGCUUCAGGUUACUGGAACCCAUUGUCAAGCAAUCAAGUUAGGAACCACUGCAGACGUUUAUACGACUAAUAAUAUUAUAAAUGGUUAUACGAGAUGUAAACAAUUGUGUCUGGCCCAGAAUCUAUUCAACGAAACAUCCCACAGAGACACUGUGUCAUGGAAUACGAUGAUUACUGGUUACAUCAGCUUGAGUGAUCUUGAACUUGCAUGGGCAAUGCUCAAAACCAUGAGAAGAUGUGGAUAUGAAUUUGAUGGGCACACGUUUGGAAGUAUGCUUAAGGGGAUUGCCAGUUACCAAGAGUUUGAGCUUGGGCAACAAAUACAUUCAAUGAUCUUAAAAACGGGAUUUUCAGAGAACGUAUUUUCAGGUAGUGCCCUUUUGGACAUGUAUGCUAAGUGUGGGAGACAUGAGGACGCCUAUGCUGUAUUUCAGCGCAUGCCAGAGCCUAACUAUGUAUCUUGGAAUUCACUCAUUGCUUGCUAUGCUCAAGCUGGUGAUCAUAGUAUGGCAUUCCGGCUACUAAAAUGUAUGGAACAGGAGGGUGUGAAUCUUGAUGAUGGCACAAUAUCACCACUUUUAACAUUGCUUGAUGAUUCUGAAUUAUAUGCGCUGGCAAUGCAGUUACACUGCAAAAUUGUAAAACAUGGACUGGAAUUGGUUAACACUGUCUGCAAUGCCACUAUCACAGCGUAUUCUAAAUGUAGUUCUCUACAAGAUGCUGAAAGAGUAUUUGAUUGUGCUGUUGGAUCUCGAGAUCUGGUCACAUGGAAUUCUAUGCUUGCUGCUUACUUAUUGCAUGAAAGGGAAGAUCUUGCUUUCAAAAUCUUCAUUGACAUGCAAUUUCUCGGCUUUAAACCAGACAUCUAUACUUACACUAGUAUUAUUAGUGCUUGUUCCUUGCACGUGCAUAAAAGCCAUGGAAAACGCUUACAUGGUUUGGUAAUAAAAAGGGGACUUGAAAAUUCAGUGCCUGUUUCUAAUGCUUUGAUCGCCAUGUAUAUGAAACUGAAUAAUAGGUGCAUGGAUGAUGCUUUAAAAAUUUUCAUUUCCAUGGAUUCCAAGGAUUGUGUUACCUGGAACUCUGUUUUAACAGGAUACUCCCAAGUUGGUCUGAGCGAGGAUGCCUUGAAGUUAUUUGUAAAGAUGCGAUCUCUGGAUAUAGAAUUUGACCACUAUACGCUUCCGGCUGUCAUCAGAUCAUGCUCGGAUUUAGCAACACUACAGUUGGGCCAGCAGUUUCACAUCCUGGCGCUUAAAGUAGGGUUUGAGUCCAAUGAAUAUGUUGGUAGUUCAUUGAUCUUCAUGUAUUCUAAAUGUGGGAUCAUUGAAGAUGCUAAGAAAUCCUUUGAAGCAACUUCUAAAGAUACUGCAAUUGUUUGGAAUUCCAUCAUAUUUGGCUAUGCGCAGCACGGGCAAGGAAAUAUCGCACUUGACCUCUUCAACUUGAUGAGAAACAGAAAGGUGAAACCUGACCAUAUAACCUUUGUUGCAGUUCUAACAGCAUGUAGCCAUAAUGGUCUGGUGGAAGAAGGCAGCAAAUUUCUAGAGUCAAUGGAGUCUGAUUAUGGGAUUCCGCCACAAAUGGAGCACUACGCUUGUGCAAUCGAUCUCUAUGGCCGGGCAGGGCGUCUAGAGAAGGCUAAAGCUUUGGUUGAAACAAUGCCUUUUGAACCUGAUGCAGUGGUUUGGAAGUCUUUGUUAGGUGCCUGUAGAACUUUUGGGGAUAUUGAUUUAGCUAGUCAGAUAGCAAGUUUUUUGCUAGAAUUGGAGCCUGAGGAGCAUUGUACUUAUGUUAUACUUUCUGACAUGUAUGGUCGUCUUAAGAUGUGGGAUGAAAAGGCUAGUAUAACAAGGCUGAUGCGAGAAAGGGGAGUGAAAAAGGUUCCUGGUUGGAGUUGGACAGAAGUGAAAAAUGAAGUGCAUGCUUUUAAUGCUGAAGAUCACUCUCACCCCCAGUGCAAAGAGAUAUACUUUCUGUUACAUGGACUAAUGGAGGAAAUCAAAAUUUUGGGUAGUCCUUCCAAUCAAAUGCUGUUACUGCAAUAUUUGGAUAAUCUAGAUGCCUGUUGUAUCAAUAGCUCUAAGGAAUCUUCCAGUUUGUUGGGUUUAUUCCCAACUUCCAAGGAUGGGAUGCACCUUGUCCUCCUGGAAGAUGAUAACAAGGGCUUCGCUGUAAAGCAAAAUGGAUUUAUUGUUAUUUAAUUAAAAAAAACUUAGAGUCCAA